AUGAAUCUCUCAUCAAAAGCUGCCGAUGUUCUGUUAGAAACUGGUAAUUGUUUCAAGCGUAUUGCAGAGUUAACAAUGGAAUUGGUUGAUUCAAAUAUAACAACUUCAUCUACAACGGCGACAACGACCCGUACAACAUCAGCGGCACAAAAGACAAUUGACUCAUUAGAAUUAAAACGUCUUCGUGAUGCGUUGAAUCGGUUUUCAGCUGAUUUAGAUGCCGUAUCUCAACGAUUAGAAACAAAUCGAACUCAAACAUCAGCAGAAGGUGGAAAUUUAUUAAAAAUGAGUGUUCCAUCAGCAAUGAAUAUUAAAGAUGCGUAUGCGACCGACCAAUCUUUGUUAACAGCAGCCUCAACUGCUUCUGAUACGUCGACUGCUUUAGGUGAAGAUUCUGCUCCUGUUUCCAUAGCGGUAUCCAAUUAG